GCUAGAGAAAGAAAAUCUAAAGAUAGAGUGCAUGAAGAUAAUCAAAGGGCUUGCGAUGUUGGUGUUUGUAGGGUACCUUUUCCUAUGGGUGAUGACACCAACCUAUGUCUUCAAGCAAAAGUGGCUCGUUCGGGUUCGAGCCCACACCACUUCUACUUACUUUGGAACUCAAGGUCCAACGAUGUUGCUCUAUUCAUUCCCUGUUUUGUUCAUGGCUGUCAUGGGCAGUGUGUAUCUGCAUUUAAGGAAAAAAUCGAACCAAAAACCGCAUUGAAGGGCAAAAAGAAGCUACCAAUGGUAACUUAA